AUGUCACCCCGACCCUUCGUCAGGAAUUUGACCUUCCAGUCCAACGACCUCGGCAAGGAGGUCACGAUCAUGCUCGCCUGGAGUCCCAACGUCGAAGGCCUCUACGAGGACGUCUUCCCGAUAGUUUGGAAAGUCAGCAAAUUCGGAAAGUCGGGUCCAUACAGGGCUACCGCUACCUACACGGCCCAGCUUGCAUUCGCCAGAGCCCAGGUCGAGAGUGGGAAGGUCAUCAGCGCUGCGACCUCCGUCAAUAUCAAUAACAACGAGAAAACAACCCUGACAGAAGCCAACGAUGUCUAUCAUUUCUCUCCCCCUCAGGCGGGAACCUCUGGCAUCCUGCAGGCCCAGAACCACACUGGGAGUAUUCAAGAAAUAGCAGUCGGCUUCGUAAACAAAGGAGAUUUUAUGCCCACACCCGUACUCUACUUCAGUGAUGUUGGAGAUGGCAGUCGCGUCACGGCAAAGUUCACUCCGGUCCUGCGGGCCUACAUCACGUCUGACUAUGAAGAAACCUCUAUCUUACGAGGUCAGGUCGACACCCCUGCGAUCUGGUCGCAGGACCUCACUGGGCUUGCUCAGAACACAACCUGGAACCUCUCGCGCGACGCGUCCAGUGGACGUUACACGCUCACCCAUGCUUGA